UGGUAGCCCUGCUGCUGAAACCGGCCGGCAACGUCCAACUACAUUCACAGGGAUGGCAAACUUCUCGGAUUCUUUCAAUUUAAGCUUAGAGACAAUAAGAAAGCUUGAGAAUUUGCCCGUAAAUCCACCUCAAACGCAGGGACGUCGUUUGACGCGUUCUAAAACACAAAAUUUCCCUCAAGGAAGCACCCAAGGACUCUCAGGGGAUUGGGAAUCAGAUGAAGAAUGCGUUGAGGCAUCACCAAACAAUUCUCUGCAGCAGAAUGCAUCAAAAUUACGAAGGAAGCAAAGAAAAGUCAUCCGGAAGAAUAAGUCUGACAGUGUUCUGGGGAAGUAUGCUGCGAAUCCUCCUGUCCAGAAGUCAAAUGCGACUCAAUUGGAUGUCACAAUGCUGGAGCAACUACUGGAAACGGUUGAGGAAGAUGAAAGUCCCAGAAAACGCGGAAAAUCUACAGAAAAGAAACAUCAAGAUGAAGGAAUGGAAGCAAUCUUGGAAAUGCCAAUCUCGAGUGAAGAUCUCGUGGGGAUUGAAUUCAGUGAUUGGGAAACCUCAAACAUCUUCAGGGCGAGUCAAAAACCUCCUCAGGAAGAAGAAAUAAAUGAGAUCUCCAAGCAUCCGGAAGUUCAGGAGGAUUUAAACGUGGACAGUGUGAGUUUUGUAGCCAGUCAAGUUCCUGACAAGGAAAUAAAAGCUCAUCGGAAGGAAGUUUCGCAAAUGAUUAAGGAUUUCUACACGGAGGAAGACUCCUUUAUGCCUCUCUGCACUCAGGGGAUGUCACAAAUGUCUUUCCGGAAGCAUGAGAAAACCCUCCUGGAGGCUACAAAACUCCCCUCACAGGAUGCCCUCAAAGCUCCAGCCACAGAUGCGAAAUUCUUAUCUUCUUGGGGACUUCCGGAAGCAAUUCUCACUGCUUAUGCGAAGAAGGGGAUAAAGGAAAUGUUCCAGUGGCAGGUGGAAUGCCUGUCAAAUCGUCGUACCCUCCUCGAGGGGGAGAAUCUCGUCUACAGUGCCCCCACAUCAGCCGGGAAGACACUCGUGAGUGAGAUUUUGAUGAUAAAAACCAUCCUGGAGCGACAGAAGAAGGCAAUUCUCAUUCUUCCCUUCAUCUCCGUCGUGCGGGAGAAGAUGCUGUAUCUGAGGGAUCUCCUGGCACCAGCUGGUAUUCGUGUGGAGGGAUUUUUCGGUGGCUACGCACCCCCGGGGGGCUUUGAAAGCUGCCACGUAGCUGUGUGUACCAUUGAGAAGGCCAACAGCAUCUUCAAUCGACUCCUGGAGCAGCAAAAUGUCUCCCAAGUGGGCAUUGUUGUCGUGGAUGAGAUUCACUUGAUCUCUGACCCCAAUAGGGGGUACAUCUUGGAGCUGCUCCUGGCCAAAAUUCUCUACACGUGCAGGAAAAUGGAUUUCAGCGUUCAGGUGAUUGGGAUGUCAGCCACAUUGCCCAAUCUGGAGCUUCUCUGUCGUUGGCUCUCAGCUGAAUUCUAUCACACAGACUUCCGCCCAGUGGAGCUCAGGGAGAUGAUCAAAAUUGGCCCAAAGAUUCUCUCAAAUCGCAUGGAGGAGAUCCGCGUGCUGGACAUCAAGGGAUUUUCAGAGAUCUGCUCCCUCAGGGAUCAGGACAAUGUUGGCCAGCUGGUGCUGGAGACCAUUUGCGAGGGAUGUGGUGUUAUUAUUUUCUGCCCAUCGAAGGAUUGGUGUGAGAAACUCUGCCUCAAUGUGGCGGAAAUGAUUUACAAGGUGGGCAGGACAAGUGGCUCCCUUGGGGCAAAGAUUCGUGAAACAAUUAAUCGGGAUGGGAUUGAAUCCCUUCGGGAGGAACUCCUGGCAUGUCCAACAGGUUUGGAUGAGGUGUUAGCCAAAUGUAUUGGGUAUGCUUGUGCCUUCCAUCAUGCUGGGCUGACGAUGGAGGAGAGGGACGCGAUUGAGGGGGGCUUCCGGAUGGGAGCUCUUCGUGUCUUAGUGGCCACGAGUACGCUGAGUUCGGGCGUUAAUCUUCCAGCGAGGCGUGUUAUUGUGCGCACGCCGAUGUUUGGGAGGCAGAUGAUGAAUCCACUGACUUAUCGGCAGAUGAUUGGUCGGGCGGGAAGAACGGGGAAGGACACACUGGGGGAAGCAAUCCUGGUUUGUGAUGAAGUUAAUGUGAAGGCGGGAAAAGAGCUCCUGACGCGAGAACUUGAACCGAUUUCAUCUUGUUUAGAUGUGAGACAUGCAGGGAAUUUACGGAGAGCCCUGCUGGAGAUUGUGGCUUCGGGAAUGGCCACAUCCCGGCGUGAUUUGCACCUCUUCUUCACGUGUACACUGAUUUGGGCGGAAAAAGGGGAAGUUUCGAUUAAUUUGAGUGUGAAGAAUUCCCCAGAGAGGAAGAAAAAUAAGCCCAGAGGGAGUUCAGAGGAGGAGGAGGAGGAGAAUGAUGACAGUGUCCAGGAAAGUGUAGACUUCCUGCUUCGCUAUGAAUUCCUCCGGAGGCAAGUAUGUGAGGAGAGCGGUGAGGAAGUCCUUUUGCCAACGCGUUUAGGUUAUGCUUGCCUGGCUUCCUCAAUUCCUCCAUCCGAUGGAUUCCUCUUAUUCUCUGAACUUCAAAAAUCCCGCCAAUGCUUUGUCCUUGAAUCCGAACUCCAUGCUGUCUACCUCGUGACGCCGUUCACAGUGUGCCAACAACUUCCGGAAAUUGAUUGGCUGCACUUCCUGGACUUGUGGGAACAUCUUCCGGCAACAAUGAGGCGUGUUGGGGAGCUCGUGGGCGUCCGGGAUGCUUUCCUGGUGCGAGCAAUGCGCACAAAAGCCCUCGAUGAGAAGGCCCUGCAGAUUCACAAGAGAUUCUACACAGCCCUGGCGCUUCAGGAGCUAAUCAGUGAGGUCCCAAUAGGGGCUGUUGCUGCCAAGUACAAAUGCCCGCGGGGGCUUCUUCAGAGUCUCCAACAGAUGGCGGCGUCUUUCGCGGCAAUUGUGGCUGCCUUCUGCGCAGCCCUCAAUUGGCAACUUCUCGCCAUGAUUGUCUCCCAAUUCCGCGAGAGACUCUUCUUCGGGAUUCAUCGGGAUCUUGUGGAUCUCAUGAGGGCGCCCAGUCUCAAUGCAAAACGCGCCAGGGCGCUCUUUGGGGCUGGAAUUGAGACUCUUCUCGCCCUGGCACGGAUGGGGACAACCCAGCUGGCUAAAAUCCUUCACGAUGCUGCUUCUUUUGACACGGAAGCUCAGCGGGAUGGUGAAGCAGAUCACGAGGCGCGUGAGAGGAACAUCCUCCGGAAGAUUUGCAUCACAGGCCAGAGAGAUUUGUCCAUUGAGGAAGCCGCCAGGGAGAUAAGAGCAGAAGCCAGGAGGAUACUCGAGGAGGAAAUGGGUGGGAGGAUUAAUUGGGAAGAUGAAGUAGAGCAGGAACAACCGGAAGAUGUUCCAGAGAUGACAGAGAGCUUCCGGAAAGUGCAGACCCAGCAAAGCCAGCAAAUAAACUCCAGCAUUGAUGAGAUUCCUUGUUCACAGUCACCAGCAGCUAUGGAAGCAUCCAAGAAGAUACAAAAGACACAAAUGUCCCGAAUUCUACGCUCGAGUACAGCCAGGAAAUCCCUGAAAAUCCUCCACAUUUGCAAGGAUGAGAAAUCCUUCCGGGAGUUUUCCCAGAGGCUCGAAAACAGCCCGGAAAUUGCUUUAGCAUUGAUGCUGGAGAAGAAACAGGAGAGAUCAAAGAAAAUUGGGGCAAAACUUUUAGCAAAGGAGGAGAACUCAAAAGAGGAGCCCCGAGAGAACUUCCGGAUUGAUCAGGAAACAAUCCUAGCGGGUCUGGCUGUCACUUGCAAUGGGAAGGAAGUAGCUGUGAUUGAAUUGGGUCAAAGAAGUCUCUUUGGAGAGAUGAGGAAGCUCAUUUGGAGGAUCUUCAACAGAGAGAAUCUCCUGAUUCACGCGUGGGAAGUGAGAGAGAAGCUAAAACUCCUGGCAAGAUUCAUUCCGGAAGUUCUGGACACAAAGGCAGCUUUUGCGGAUCCUCAAAUUGCAAAUUGGCUUCUUCAGCCCGAUGAAGCAACUACGAGCUUCCACAGGAUUGUCAUGCUGCACUGUCCGGACAUGGAAGCUCUCCUGGCACAACCAGAAGCAGAAGAAACAUCUGGAGAAGCCCAGAGCACCGCAGAAUGCGCAAUAGUCUACAAUCUCAGAGCGCUUUCGACGAAACUCGUGGCUCUGGGUGAUGGGAAGCUCCUCAGAGUAUUCCGGGAACUGGAAAUGCCCAUUCAGGUGCAACUCUUCCGCAUGGAAGUUGCAGGAUUCCCAGCCAAUCCCACGGAGAUGGAGAAAUCCGUUGCUGAAUGUCAGGAGAAGAUGGAGCAGCUGGAGAAGAAGAUCUUCACCCUACACGGGAGGAAAUUUAAUAUUUCUUCCUCGCGUAGUGUGGCCAAAAUCCUUGGGAUUCAGAAGGAAAAGGGGAAAUUAACAACAAACAAAGGAGUCCUGGAGAAGCUCGGAAGUCCCCUAGCGCACCUAAUUGCUCAGCAUAGAACAUUAACGGCUGUCUUCGUGAAAGUCCUCCAACCACUGGCGAGGAGUAUUCAGGGAAGCCGAAUUCACGGCACGAGCUUCUCACUGACGCAAACCGGAAGGAUAACAAUGCAUGAACCGAACCUGCAGACCGUUGCGAAGGAUUUUCUCCUCGAUCUGGGCGAUGGGGAUAAGCAAAUUCUCUCCUGCAGGAAGGUUUUUGCCCCAGGAAGUGGCCAGAGGCUUGUCUCAGCGGAUUUCUGCCAGCUUGAACUGAGAAUUCUCAUUCAUUUCGCUCAGGAUCCAAUCCUGAUUCAAAUAAUUAAAUCCGAUUGCGACAUUUUCCGUGCUGUCGCAGCACGUUGGAGUGGAAUUGCCGAGGCCAAAAUCACCCCAAAGAUGCGCAAUGAUGCCAAACAGAUUUGCUAUGGAAUAAUCUACGGAAUGGGGGCCAGGACUUUAGCGGAGAUUCUCAAGAUUGACGAAGCGAGCGCCCGGGAGCACAUUGAGGGCUUCUACAGCGUCUACCCGGCCAUCAGGGCAUUCAGUGAGCGUACCGUGAAGGAGGCACGCGUCAAGGGUUUCGUGGAGACAUUAGCAGGUAGGAGACGUUUUCUUGAGAAUAUUUCCAGCCCCGAAGCUGCCCUGAGAGCUCAAGCUGAGCGUCAAGCUGUCAAUAGUAUGAUUCAGGGUUCAGCAGCUGAUGUUGCCAAGAAAGCCCUUCUGGCUGUUGCUGGGAAAUCCCCCAAAGAAGCCCAAUUUAUCCUUCAUCUCCACGAUGAGUUGAUCUUUGAGGUUCCCGAGGAGAAAGUCCCGGAAUUCGGGAUGAUCCUCCGGGACGCCAUGGAGGGUUGCAUGAAGCUCAGCAUUCCGCUGCGUGUGAAGGUGAAAAGUGGCCCAAAUUGGGCAGAAAUGAGUGAAAUUUUGCUCUAA